AUGCGCUGCUCAGAUGCGCGGGAUUAUACAGCGGGUGUCGAGGCCGAGUGGCGUGUGGGCGCUGGAGCCCCGGUCUAUCUGGCCGCUGUGCUCGAGUACCUGACUGCUGAAAUCCUGGAGCUGGCCGGGAACGCCGCCCGGGACAACAAGAAAACCAGAAUCAUCCCGCGUCACCUGCAGCUCGCUGUCCGCAACGACGAGGAGCUCAACAAGCUGAUGGGAGGCGUCACCAUCGCUCAGGGCGGAGUGCUGCCCAACAUCCAAGCCGUGCUGCUGCCCAAGAAAACCGAGAAGCCAGCCAAGAAAUAAAUCACUCGGACGCCGCUUUUACAUCUUAUAAACCCCCAAAGGCUCUUCUAAGAGCCGCC